CGCUGAAUUGCUGGCUCGUGGGCAAUCCAUCUUCUAGCUCCCUGGAGCUCUGCUAUCCUUGCACAGAGCUCAGGCCUCGCGCUACCAUGGCUCUCCUCCGACUCCAAGAGCAGUGCUCGCUCCUCCGAAUUUCCAGCUCCCACCACCCAAAUCCUCUCGAUGCCCCAAGAAAUGCUCGCAAGAACCUACUUUUACUCCCCAAUGCGGCCAAGACCGCCAACGCCUCCGAAAUCCCGGAUCCUCGCAUCCCCACUAGCGCUUCCAAGGCCGCAAUCCAGACGCCGAAGGCGGCGGCGCCUUGGCGGGACGCCCUUGUCCCCGUUACCGCCGCCCUCGCGUCCUGGCCGCUCCCUUCCCUUGCGGCGGAGGGCGACGGGAAAGUGAGCCUCGAGUCCAUCGUGGUGGCAAUCGACGACUUCAACAACCGCAACCCUUUCUUCGUGGCUGGGGUCGUGUUCGUGUGGCUAGUGGUGAUCCCGCUCGUGCAGGAGUACGUCUUCAAGAAGUACAAGCCCGUGAGCGCCAUCGAUGCGUUCCGCAAGCUACGCGACGUGCCGGAGGCGCAGCUGCUGGACAUCAGGCGGGGCAAGAGCGUGCGGUUCAUGGCGCCACCGAACCUGAAGCUUGUCGACAAGAGCACCGUGCAGGUGGAGUUCGACGAGGAGGACGACAAGGGCUUUGUCAAGGAGGUGCUUGCGAGGUUUCCAGACCCGACCAACACCGUCGUCUGCGUCCUUGACAACUUUGAUGGUAAUUCUUUGAAAGUUGCUGAGCUACUGGUCGAGAAUGGUUUUAAGGAAGCCUAUGCAAUUAAAGGAGGCUUGAGAGGCCCAGAAGGGUGGCAGGCGGUUCAAGAAAAUUAUCUUCCCCCAUCUGUUCAUGUUUUCCCGAGGAAAAAAAAGGGUGCAAAGUUAGCUCACACAGAUGCAAGCAAUGAUGGAACAUACGGUCAGCAGCAGGGAAGCGAGGAAUCAUCUGCUCCUCCAAGCAGGUUUGUAGUCAAUACUGGCGAUGAAUCCAAAGAUGUUUAUGAAAAUUCCAAUGGAAGUACAACUGCUGCAAAACAUGCAACUAGGAGACCAUUAUCGCCAUAUCCAAAUUACCCUGACUUGAAGCCUCCAUCAUCUCCAACACCAUCAAAACCGACGAAGUAAGAGUAAUGCAGGACAAUAACAUGUGUGAAACUCAAAAGGUCAGAAGCAGUCGUUUCCUGCACAAACAUUUUUGUAUACUUGUAACCGUGGAUGCCGAGGAGAUUGAUUGGGAUGACAUGGAAGAGGACCAAUAUUGGUGUUUGGAGCUCUUGCUUCUAUUGAGGCCAUGGUGAAUUCUUAGUUCUGUAAUUGUUAAGCUUGUACCCGUUUGUUGUACUAUUAAUUGGUUUGUAUGUGGGGCAAAAUGACAUUUUGUACCUGACUUUAUACACUUGGUGGUGCCGUAGCAUUCUCAAUUUGACAAUUGUGGUUAACUCGUUAUUGUAUUAUCACUGGUUCAGACACCAUAUAGGUCGCAGCACUACAAUUGUAACAGAGGUUCAGAUUCAGACUUCA